AUGUCUGACGGCGAAGUCGAAGUCGCGGCCUCUGGCUACGAGGUCCUCCCCAAGGAGGUGAGCGUUGAGAUUGGUAGCGUCAAGCUCUUCAACCGUUGGAGCUAUGAGGACGUGGAGAUUCGCGAUAUCUCCUUGACCGAUUACAUCCAGAUCCGCUCCCCCGUAUACAUUCCUCACUCCGCCGGUCGCUAUGCCGUCAAGCGCUUCCGCAAGGCCAACUGCCCCAUCAUUGAGCGUCUCACCAACUCUCUGAUGAUGCACGGCCGCAACAACGGCAAGAAGUUGAUGGCCGUCCGCAUCGUUGCCCACUCCUUCGAGAUUAUCCACCUCAUGACCGACCAGAACCCCAUCCAGAUUGCCGUUGACGCCAUUGUCAACUGCGGACCCCGCGAAGACAGCACCCGUAUCGGUUCCGCCGGUACCGUCCGGAGACAGGCCGUCGAUGUGUCGCCUCUACGCCGCGUCAACCAGGCCAUUGCCCUGCUCACAACCGGUGCCCGCGAGGCGUCGUUCCGCAACGUCAAGUCGAUUGCCGAGUGCCUUGCUGAGGAGCUGAUCAACGCUGCCAAGGGAAGCAGCAACUCGUACGCUAUCAAGAAGAAGGACGAGUUGGAGCGUGUCGCUAAGAGCAAUCGGUAA